AAAAAAAUGUAAACAAACCAAUCGGUCUAAUCAUAACAAACCCACCAAAAGCCAUCGUGGCUACGGAGAUACUCAUUCGCGAUCAAAAAAUAGUGCUAAAAUGAGCAGCAGUUAUUACUUUGCCAUCGUUGGCCACAACGAUAAUCCCAUAUUCGAAACCGAGUUCGUUACGGUGAAUAAGGAAGCGAAGAAAGAAGACCAUCGUCAUCUGAACCAAUUCAUUGCGCACGCCGCACUCGAUCUGAUCGACGAGCACAAAUGGAAAACGAACAACACGUACCUGAAAUCGAUCGACAAGUUUAACCAAUGGUUCGUGUCCGGGUUUGUGACGGCCAGCCAUCUGCGGUUCGUGAUGGUGCACGACAACCGGAACGAUGAAGGUAUCAAGAACUUCUUCAACGAGAUGUAUGAGACGUACAUCAAAUAUCUGAUGAAUCCGUUCUACAUGCCCAACACGCCGAUCAAGUCGCUGGCGUUCGAGAAGAAGGCCCAGCUGUAUGGGAAAAAGUUUCUCGGAACGUAAUGUGCCGCCACCUGCCGGCACAGUAAGAAGCGGACGGUAUGGGUUAAGGGUUUUGAGAAAAAAAGCAUUCGAAAUCGUUACAAUUAGCUUACGAAUAAGAUAUAUACAUUGAAAGUCAUCUACUCAAGUAA